UAAAAAGAAUGAAGGACUCUAAGAGAGAAGAAAAAGAUGUGGUGUUGGUGUUCCAACGUUGUGGUCAUCCCACCACACACAACAACACCAUCAUCAUCAUCAUCAUCAUGUUACAAGCCUCUUCUUCUUGUUCCCUCCUCCGUCUCAGCCACUUCUCUACCACGCCGUCGCCACCGCCAAAACGUAACCACAGAUAAUCAAGUUGGGGAAUUGGGUAAUGCCCUUAUGGCCAAUCUGGAAUCAAAUUCAAAACAGCAAAUUAGUGGCUCAGAUGUACUUUGGGCAUUGCAGAGAGCAAGUAACCGUAAGAAGAAGAAGAAGCAUGAACGCGGAAGGGAUUCAUCCUCUAAUAAUAUGGUCAGUCACAUGGAAGAAACUUGUGUUGACUACACCAAUGUUCGUCCUCUCUGUAUAAAUGACCAUUGGGGUCCUAAAUUGGAUGAGUUGGAAAAUCGUCUUCGUCAUCUUUCAGAUACCAUUUGAUUUCAUCCUUCCUUCCUACUUUAUUUUACACAUCAAACAUAUAUUUUUCUUCUUUUUAAUACAAGAAAACAAAAAGUUUAUUUAAAUUUCUGCUUUUGUGUCCAGUUACACUUAGAUAGAAUAUGUAUGUAUUCGCAUGAUCAUUGUAUGACCCUGCCAUGUAUCAUAAAAUCAAACAUUUUUCCAACCAAACAUUGUAUUGUAUCUCA